GGUCUGAAUUCUGAUAUUAUCGGGCCCUAAUUCUAGCGGUAAGCUACGGUAACUCGGUGUAAAUCACUCUGGUCCAUAAUUAUCAGGAUUCAAGCGGCGGGCAAUUUUGAGAGCUAACUGCUAGGGUUUCUGUCGUGUACAAAGCCACGACACCACCACCUUUAUAUUCUCCUCUAUCUAUUCUUCUCUCCACCUUUUUCAUAUACACAAACCGAGCUUUUCUCCCUCACCUCCCCCUUUCUUUUUAUCAUUCAAUCCAGAUUAACAAGGAAAAGAAGUAUGCAGGGAAGUGCAGUGAUGGGUUGUGUUCAGCAGCCUGUUUGGGCAAAAGGGUCACUGGGUUUUGCUCAUAAAGGCUCUGUUGGUGCUGUUGGAUUGCCGCACCAAGUUAGAUUGAGUGGUUUGAGGAGCUGUAGGUGCUCGAGUUUUGAAGCUAAUGUGGUUACUGGGAGAGCAGCUUCUUCGGUUUCGGUUGCUGCUCCUGAAAUUGGAGGUGAUGGGAGAGGCUUUAAAGACAAUCCUUUAGGUGAAGUUGAUCCAGAAGUUCGUUCACUCAUUGACAACGAAAAGCAACGACAAUUCCGAAGCUUAGAGCUAAUUGCAUCAGAGAACUUUACAUACCGAGCAGUGAUGGAAGCAGUUGGUUCGUGUCUCACAAACAAGUAUUCUGAAGGUCUACCAGGCAAAAGGUACUAUGGUGGAAACGAGUAUAUCGAUGAACUAGAAAUUCUUUGUCAACAAAGGGCUUUGGCAGCUUUUCAUUUAGAUGGAGAAAAAUGGGGCGUUAAUGUUCAGCCAUUGUCUGGUUCACCCGCAAACUUUGAAGUUUAUACUGCCAUCCUUAAGCCACAUGAUCGCCUCAUGGGACUGGACUUGCCUCAUGGUGGACAUCUGUCCCAUGGAUUUAUGACUCCUAAGAGACGUGUAUCAGGAACAUCUGUUUAUUUUGAAUCCAUGCCAUAUCGGCUCAACGAAUCAACAGGUCUUGUUGAUUACGACAUGCUGGAGAAAACUGCUAACCUAUUUCGACCGAAGCUCAUAAUUGCUGGUGCUAGUGCUUAUCCUCGAGAUUUUGACUAUCCUCGUAUGAGAAAGAUUGCAGAUGCUGUAGGUGCUUUUCUCAUGAUGGAUAUGGCUCACAUAAGUGGUCUUGUUGCUGCUUCAGUGGUUGCUGAUCCAUUUGAGUGUUGUGAUAUUGUGACGACGACAACCCAUAAGUCCCUGAGAGGCCCUAGAGGUGGCAUGAUCUUCUUCAAAAAAGACCCGGUCCUGGGCAUUGAUCUAGAAUCUGCUAUCAACAAUGCAGUUUUCCCAGGAUUACAGGGUGGUCCACAUAACCACACUAUUGGGGGCCUUGCAGUCUGCCUGAAGUAUGCACAAACUCCGGAGUUCAAGGCUUACCAGAAGCAGGUGGUUUCUAACUGUAGAAGUCUUGCUGCUAAACUGAUGGGUCAAGGAUAUGAAUUGGUUUCUGAUGGGAGUGAUAAUCACUUGGUUCUUGUAAACCUUCGGCCAUUCAAUGUCAAUGGUGCUCAGGUGGAAAAAAUUCUUGACAUGGCAUCAAUCACCCUCAAUAAAAAUUCAGUACCCGGUGAUAAAAGUGCUAUAGUUCCAGGGGGUAUCCGCAUUGGAACUCCUGCGCUGACUACCAGGGGUUUCACAGAGAAAGACUUCAUGUUAGUUGCUGACUUCAUACACGAAGGGGUGAAGAUUACCCAAGAAGCCAAGAAGUUAGCGCCAAGUCCUAAACUCCAAGAUUUUCUUAAGUUCAUAACAGCACCAGAUUUUCCAUUAAUCGGUCAGGUGUUGGACUUAAAAAGGAGAGUUGAAGAUUUGGCAACGCAGUUUCCCUUGCCUGGUGUAUGAGUUAUCCUGUCCUAUCCUAUCCGAAGAAUAGUUAGUUAUUACGAUAAAAAUUCCGCGCCAAUUAUAUAUGCUAUAAUGUUGUAUGAUGGUAUGUACUUGGCAGAUUUUGGUCUUUUUUUACAACAUUUCACCUCCUGGGACUAGAAAUCUCACUGUGUUGUUACCAAGUAUUGGAUGCAAUGAAGUUUCAAUGCAUGUUCAUUUUCCACA